AUGUCUUCUCAAUCUCGAGAAGCCCCGUGGAAGGCCAUUGCACGACGUAAACAGGCUGAGAGAGCAGCGCGCAUCUCAUCAAAAUGGCACAUCCCAAUCAAGGCCAUCCCGAAUGACCCCCCUCAACCAGGUGACGGGCCACAGAGAGUUCUUGACAUGCCGCGCCAAUUCUUGUCUCAAUCAGAAAUCUCAAUUACCGAAACUUACACGAUUCCAACUCUGCUCAAGGCCAUAGGGACGCGCAAACUCUCAGCUAGACAAGUGACCGAGGCCUUCUGCCACCGAAGUGCCAUAGCGCAGCAACUCACAAACUGUUUGACGGAACCAUUAUUCGAGACCGCCUUGAACCGGGCUCAGUUUCUCGAUGACUACCUCCGCGAACACGGCGCCCCCCUCGGCCCCCUCCACGGCCUCCCCGUCUCCGUAAAAGACACAUUCAACGUUGCAGGCGUCGACACCUCAAUGGGGCUGGCAUAUCUGUGCCACAAGCCCGCAGCCUCCAAUGCGCCGCUGGUUGAUCUCCUGCUCUCUUUGGGGUGCGUCAUCAUCGCCAAGACCAACAUCCCGCAAACUCUCGGAAGUCUGGAUUCCGUCAACAACGUUUUUGGCCGGACCAUGAAUCCUAUCAACCGACUGUGCACCGCUGGCGGAUCCUCUGGCGGCGAGGGCGUCCUCGUGGCCAUGAAGGGUUCCAUGAUUGGAAUCGGAACCGAUAUUGGUGGCAGCAUCCGCGUGCCUGCUAUGUGUAACGGUGUCUAUGGCUUCAAGCCCUCCAAUGGCCGCGUUCCGUACGGCGGACAAGUUCUUACUGGCAUUGACGGUAUGAGCCGCACUUCCGUGCAAGCUGUUGCAGGCCCUAUUGGCCGUAGUGUUGAGGACAUAGAUGCUCUCCUGCGUGAGAUCUUCCCUCGGGCAGCUUUAUGGGGCGAGGAUUGCAUGCCCGCAUCAUGGCCCUCCAGCUUGAGAGUGUCGUCGAUCUCGGGCUGCGGCAAGAACGGGGAGUUGGUUAUCGGCGUUCUUCGCACGGAUGGAAAUUGCAGCAUUCAUCCACCUCUUGAUCAUAUGCUGGACGAGGUCUCUUCAGCUCUUUCGCACACACGCGGCGUGAAGGUUGUUGAGCUGUCAUGCCCCGCGGCACUCACCAAGGCACAGUCAGUCAUGAACAAGCUCAUGGGCGUCGACGGCUCCGUCACCAUGGCCGAGAUGAUUGAAGCAACAGGCGAGCCCCUAGUACCUUGGACAGCAGCACGAUUCAAGAAGGGGAAGCCGCUGCCACUUACGCAAGUUGCUCAGCUUCAGGCACAACGAGCAACGUUGGAGCGGGAGAUGCUCAAGAUGUGGGUCGAGAACGAUGAACACGGUCGCAGGCGAGAGAAGCUGGAUGCUGUGAUAUGUCCGGUUGCGCCGCACCCUGUGCCGCCCAUCGAAGCAUACAAUGCUGUCGGUUUGACUAGCAGUUGGGUGAUGCUUGACUAUCCUGCAGGAACAGUACCAGUGCGAGACGUGAGGGAGAGUGAUCUGCAGCUUGGUCGGCCACAAGGUGGAAAGAUCCUGAGUAGCUGGGACGAGAGGAACAGAGAGCUAUGGGACGAGAAGAAGAUUGACCGAAAGAUUUACCUAGGGACGCCGCUGAGUGUUCAGGUCGUUGUACCAAGGUUGCGGGAUGAUCGACUGGUUCAGGUCAUGGCUAGCGUAGAUGCAGCUUGCAAGGGCACAAGUGUGAACGCAAAGCUCUGA